AUAACUCACUAGGUGGCCAUUAUAAAUAUUAUAAUAUAUUGUGAUCAGUAAUAAUGGUAAACAGUUAAUAUGGAAAUAAUAUUAUCACUACGUCUUGUCCCGGAACUCGUGUGCUUUUGCACUGUCACGUAAUUUUUAUCAUUUCGUUUACGCGUCUUGUGAGAUUUCAACACUUGUCGACGAUUAUUCGAGCACGAGCGAAAGGUUCCCACGUGCGGGUAUUGCAAUUUACAACAAUCGAUAACAAUACAUUAUAUUGGUGUCUUAACAAUUAAUAAAUAUGGGUCAAUUUGAAAGUACAAAUCGCACCUACAACAGCAAUGAUGAGCUUAUUAAUGCAUUAAUUAAGAGAGAGUGUAUACACUCAAUUAAUGUGGAAAAAGUGUUAAGAAGUGUCGAUCGAGCAUUGUAUUAUACCAAUGAUAAUGAAGAAGACCCCUACGGAGACGUGGAUUGGCAAUUGGGAGAUGUUUAUCUGUAUUCACCAAGUGAUUAUGCUACUGUUUUAGAAUGUUUGGAUCUCCACAAUGGUCAUAAGUUUUUAAACAUUGGUUCUGGAAUAGGGUAUUUUAGUACUUUAGCCGGUCUUUUAUUGGGUGUUAAUGGAGUUAAUCAUGGCAUUGAAAUUAAUGGUUCCUUGAUAGAUAUUGCAUAUCAAAAGUUGGAAGUAUUUAAAAGAAAUUCUGCAGCAAUUGAUUAUUUUGAAUUUUGUGAACCAGUAUUCAUCAAAGGAAAUGCAUGUGAACUGAUGCCAGUGGGUUACUAUGAUAGAGUCUAUUGUGGAGCUGAUGUACAACUAGAGGUAUCUUCAUUUAUGGAGGCUCUCAUUAAAAUUGGUGGUGUAUUAGUUAUGCCAUUGAAAAGUGUCCUUGUAAAAGUAACGAGGAACAGUGAACACUCGUGGACCAAAUUUCAUUUCACUAACGUAUCGAUGCCAGAUCUUGUUGUGGCAGAAAAAAGUAGUAGUAUAAAUGUUUCAAAGUUUCCUACUGUUGAACCAUUGAGUUUACAAGAGUUAUGCAGAUCAUACAUUCGUGCAUCUAUACGAAAUUGCUUGAAUGAAAGUCAACCUGGCUUGCAAAUGCUCACUAUAUGUAAACCAAAACCAAAUAAAAGUUAUGAUCAAAAAUGGUUUGAUGACACUAAAAGUGAAAUUAUUCGUUUACAAAACUAUCUAAAUGAGAUUAGGGUUUUGAGAGAGGAAACAUCAGAUCUGGAUUCAACUUCUGAGGAUGAGGUCAUUGAAGAAGAUAACAAUGGCGAUGAUGUUGAUGUUGAAGAAAAAAAUACAAGUGAACAGUGUGAUAAAAGUUUACCUAAUGAAGUAAUGAACGAUUACGAUACUGAUGAUGAAAUUGCUGAGGAAUUUAUAAAAUAUCGUUUUCUGAGCAAUCGCAAAGAAAAUGAGUUGAGUAAACUUCUGAAGAUUAAAAUUAAUCUGUUACCUGUACCAGCUAAGCUCAAAGUGUUUCUCAACUAUAAUAGAGAUGAUUAAUUUGAAUUUGGCUGCAAAUUAAAUAACAAAACGAUAAAUAAAAAAUAGUGAUAACUAUUAAUAUG